CCUUUGCCAGCGGCAGUCGCCUGAUGAGAGCGGGUUUGUUGAUGCUGGCGUAUCAAUUGAACAGCGCACAGACAGCAGACUUGAUGGAGCUGUUCUUCGUCAUGGAUUCUAGCGGACGUGGCGCAUUGCAACGGCCGGACUUUACCAGGAUUUUGCGAAAACUAGAGCCUUCAAUCAGCAGUCGCGAGGUGGACGCCAUUUUUGAUUCACUAAAGGGCAGGCAAUCUGCAAUGGCUAUGGCACGAAUGAGUGCCGAAUCUUCUAGAAGAACCGGCAUUAUGGCGGGAAAAGCCAGUACUAUGUGUCCUGAAGCUGAAGGCGGCGAGGGGAAUAUUGAUGUCGGAGACAGGAGCAGCAGCAGCAGAAGAUGUAGCAAGAGUACCUCCAUAGGUGGAAGUGCUGGUGCUGGAGGUGCGUCGACGAGUUGUACUAUUUCAACUUCGGACACCGACGGCUCGCGUUCGUCUAGUGUUGCGACACAGCAAAGCUCCUCCAAUAGUGGUUCCUC